AUAGUGGGAAAGCUGCGCGCCCCCGCACCCUAAGUGUCGGCUGUCGGAGGCGGCGAGUUCUCCGGAUCGGUGUGGAGUGCAAGUCCUCCCCGGGCCCUCCUCCUGUCGCUUGCGAUGUGAUGAUCCGAGCAGCGACCAAAAGGACAGUCAUGUGUAGCCGGGAAACGGCAGGGAUGGUAAAGAGGCGGCAGCAGCAGCACCGGGUACCCGGCUGGUGGGCGUCUGGUUUCUGCCGUGGUUGGAGUAGGUGCCCCGGCGUGUGUCUAGCGCUGCUUCUCGUCUUAUUGCUACUGCUCCCCCCGGCUUCGGUGUGUACGGUGUGCGAAGCGGACGGAGGUGGCCCGCGGAGAAGGCGGGAUUCCCCGGCGCUGCUGGCAGAUCCUUAUAUCUCCCUGAGUCCUCCAUGCCUCACUGAAGAGGACCGAUCAAGCCUGGAAGCUAUACGUACAAUACACAAACAAAUGGAUGAUGAUAAAGAUGGUGGCAUUGAAGUGGAAGAGAGUGUAGAGUUUCUCCGUGAAGACAUGAACUAUAAGGACGCAUCACACAAACAUAACCAUUUGCACAGAGAAGACAAGCACAUAACGGUUGAGGAUUUGUGGAAGCGAUGGAAAUCAUCUGAAGUUCAUAACUGGACUGAAGAAGAGACCUUGCAGUGGCUGCUUGAAUUUGUGGAACUUCCGCAGUACGAGAAGAACUUCAGGGAAAAUUCUGUGAAAGGAACAACUCUUCCAAGGAUAGCGGUAAAUGAACCAUCGUUCAUGAUUUCACUCUUGAGAAUUACUGAUCGUAGCCACAGACAGAAGCUCCAGCUGAAGGCUCUUGACGUUGUUUUAUUUGGACCAUUAACAAGACCUCCUCACAACUGGGUGAAGGAUUUUGUGUUGACGGUUUCUAUUGUGAUUGGUGUUGGAGGGUGCUGGUUUGCCUACACACAGAAUAAAACAUCCAAAGAGCAUAUCUCACAGAUGAUGAAAGAUCUGGAAGGUCUUCAUAAGGCAGAGCUAAGUCUUCUUGAACUUCAGGAAAGGCUACACAAAGCCCAGGAGGAGAACAGAACAGUGGCAGUGGAAAAACAAAAUCUGGAACGUAAAUUAAUGGAUGAAAUGAAUGAUGCAAAACGAGAGGCUCACAGACUGCGAGAACUGAGGGAAGGAGCAGAGUGUGAGCUCAGUCGGCUAAAAUACGCCGAGGAAGAACUAGUACAGGUUCGCAUGGCUUUAAAAAAAGCAGAGAAAGAAUUUGAACUUCGAUGCAACUGGUCUGUCCCUGAUGCUCUCCAAAAGUGGCUUCAGCUAACUCACGAGGUGGAAGUUCAGUACUAUAACAUUAAGAAGCAGAACGCAGAAAUGCAACUCGCGAUAGCUAAAGAAGAGGCUGAAAAAAUAAAAAAGAAGAGAAGCACAGUUUUUGGGACUUUACAUGUUGCACACAGCUCAUCGCUGGAUGAUGUGGACCAUAAAAUUCUUGAAGCAAAGAAAGCCCUUUCUGAGCUGACUACAUGCUUGCGAGAGAGACUUUAUCGUUGGCAACAAAUAGAAAAAAUGUGCGGUUUUCAAAUAGUACACAAUUCUGGUUUGCCAAACCUGACAUCUACACUGUACUCGGAUCAUAGCUGGGUGGUGAUGCCCAGAGUUUCAAUCCCACCGUAUCCUAUUGCUGGUGGCGUUGAUGACCUGGAUGAGGACACACCUCCAAUAAUCUCCCAGUUCCAUGGGACCAUUCUAAAAACCCAUGGGAGCUUAGCGAGAAGCAGCAGCAUGUGUCGUUCUCGGCGAACAGUUAUUCCACCUUCUCCUAAGGCGCAGCAUGUCCUACAGUCACCUGAUCCAGAUAUCCUGUCUGUGUCAAGUUGUCCUGCUCUGUACCGCACUGAACAGGAGGAGGAUGCCAUCUAUUUCAUUGCUGAAAAGCAGGGGGAGACCCAAGAUACCGGUUCAGAAUGUGAUUCAUUGAAUUCUUCCAUUGGAAGAAGACAGUCUCCUCCCUCAAGCUUUGAAGUGCAGCUGGUUACUUCUGCCAUUAGGAAGAUAUCAAGAGAAGAAACCUCAUGUGAAGAAUCCUUAUCUGGAGACUCUCCUUUAACAGCAGAUGUUUCUAAAACAUCUCCUGAUGCAACAGGUCUAACAGAAAGCCAAAGCAUGGUUUUUAGUCCAGCAAGUAAAGUAUAUAACGGUAUUCUGGAGAAGUCUUGCAGCUUGCACCAACUUUCCAGUGUUAUACCAAUCUCCAAGCUACCACAUCCAUCCUUCCCUUCCUCUUUAAAUGAUGGAAAGCCAGUCCAGGAGGUUCAUGGCAUCCCUGUGCUAAAGACACCAUCUCAUGAGGUGUCCCAAAAUGGAGAGAAAAGCAAGAAGCAAUCUAAAAUAAAGGUCCUUUUAAAGAAAAUAUCAAAAUAAACCCCUUGACUGAAAACAAGGAAACUUGCCUAUCAUAUUAGAAAUGUAGCUCCUUUUUGGAGUUCUCAAGACUGGAUGCUUCAGAAUUUAAUUGUCCACUAAUGUCUGUGAAGGUCAAGCCAACAAUCCCUGAAUUUCAUUGAAAAGUGGAUCUGUUUACAGUCACUUUUUCUAUUUAUUUCUGCUUUUAAGUUCUUAGUUAUGUUUUUUAAGAAGCCACUUCGGACACAUUAGGCUUUAAUGGACUAGUAAGCCUUACCUGGGCUUGCACAAUAUUCUUGUUUACUGGAGCGUCUUCUUAUCUUUCCACAGAAAUAUGAAAUUUUACACAAAGGACUAAAUAACUUAAACGCAUUGCACUACAGUUUUCCAGAAUGGAAACAAAUAUUUGCAAGUGAUAUUGUUUUAAGAUUUGUAAAAUGACAGAUACCAAAAUAUCUGUUUUCACUUUUAAAUCACCUGGAUUUUUAAGUAAAGCCUAGAAUUUCUAAUGAACGGGAUUUCCUCAGAUCUCAUACAUUUUGUAUGUGAAGCGUGUUUAGAAUUACUUAACUUUCAAGAUAAAUGUCCUGCUGUAAAGAUUUUUUUUCCUUCUGUCCCCUCCACCAGGACUUUCACCAUAUUUUUGACAAAGUUAUAAACUGUAUUAUAUAUGUAGAUACCAUGUAACAAGAGGAUAUGCUCUUGGCUCCUUAUGCAAGUGAUGAUGGUGAAAUUUAAGUGAAAGAAUGGGUUUGUUUACAGGCAAAGGGUUCCUUGAUUUGUGGAUCUUCGCAUUAUAGUUGGAGGCAUUUACUGUAUUUUGGGCUGAAACCCCAUUGUUACAUAAGCAUGCACACAUGCAAAAUAAAUUUUUGUUUAUAUUAUUGAUAAAGUGUUACAGGCAAAUCUGUUUUACUAGUUCAAAAUUGACACCAUGGGUAUUGUUCCAUUUGUAUGCCAUAUGCAUUUCGCACGGCCCAGAUGACUAGGAAUUGCAGUGGGUGCCCUGACUACUCCUAACAGAUUUCUGGUUCUCUGCUACAAGAGAUUUGUACAUGAUGUAACAUACUGAAAGCCACUUUUAACUACUAAUACUUUUGCUACUACAAAACAUAGGUCUCAUCCAUUUUGCCAAUAGUUCUCCAUUAAUUUGUUUGCCUGUUAAAAUCAGAAUCACUAUAUUUAGAUCUGUUACAUUUCAGGAUGUUAAAUUUUCCAAUAAACUAAUUUAUUCGGUU